AUGCUUGCAGCUGCCUGGAUUAUCUUCCUCUUUCUUUAUGCUCUUUUGUCUCGGGCUACAACUUCAUCUGACGGUGAUCCUUCAUUGACCACUGUUGAGAAUGCCUCCUUGAGCCCCAUACGUACUGGAGAUCCCGUAGAUGGCGACGGCAGCGAUUCCGUUUCUAACGCCAGUCCUCGGGUUGACAUUGAAACACAGACGAGGCCACUCGCGGGCAGCAAAAGCAGACGUGAAAGUGGUGACAAGGAGGGGUUAGUCGAACGUGAGGACCUGACAGCAACGGAAAAAAGUCUCUUCAAGAUGACCUCCGCUACACGUCACGGCAUUGUCCUCAGCUGGCAUGUAGACACCCUCUGGCGCUACAUGGCGUUUACAAAUUGGCCCGCUAUCGCCAGGCUCUACAACGUUUCUCUUACUGAUCAUCGACUGGUCAUAUUCGAGCCCAUAUAUCUUUCUGCACGCAUUCCUGCUGACGAAGCCAUAAAGAUGCGGCCACCGUCUGAUCACUUUAUGCCGCCGCCAAAGCCUACCUAUCCAAGGGAACCCGAGCGGGAAAGCGGACCCCAGCCACGUGAUGUAACAGAAGAUGAUUUAGACGUCUGGACCAUCGAAAAAGCAAUCGGUGAACAACUCUGGGCCCAGAUUGCCUCAUUCGGUCGUAAGGAGUCGCUGGCUGCCCUGGGCAAACCACUUUCAGGCCUUCUCAACUGGACCAGUCAUCUUUGGACUACUAUCGAAAUUGCAUUGGCUAGUCUUCUAGGCAGCUGUUUUUUCUUCACUAUCACCUGUGUCGGUAUGCUGAUUGUUCAUCGCACUGUCUCAUGCACUUGCCCUUGCGCCGGAGAUUAUUACAAUGGCCAGAUCUCGAUCAUUGCUGCCACGCUGUCUGGUCAGUUCAGUGGAGAGCAACUGCCCUCGCUGUCGCCUGAACUUUCACCACCCGGCUCCUCUCUUUCCACCACCACCUCCAUACCUGCUAUCCGCCUAGAUAACUGGAGUCGCAGUAUUCGGGUCUGGAGCGUGGACUGUGGUCAUUUGGUGGCCAUGAUUGACAGGUAUUCGAGGGAGGCUAUUGAUGUAAGAAAUCGGGAAUUGGCUAGAAAGGUCAACAAGUAUGCCGCAGUCUGGUCAAUGAAGCUCUUGCCCACCGGCGAAUUGGUUGCUGGAUGCAGUGACGGAACCCUAGAAAGGGCCUUUAUCGGCAUGGUGUGGGACCCAAGGCGAAAGCAUCUCCGUCAAGUUCUCGAUUUGCGCUCUUGUACGGCCGUCGUGCAGGCGAGGACGCCUCAGCCUGAUCCACUGAGCAGUGGGCGACGUGAAGCACAUCUCGGUGGUAUUACCUCGAUAGAGAUGACCAAGGAAAACUGGUCCAUUGUUUCUUCUCCUCCCGCUGAUAGUUUCUUUGUCGGCUCGAGUGCGGGGUACGUGGGUAUGGUGAGGUUUUGCUGCGGCCGUGCGGAAUCAGAUGUCGCCUGUCUACAGCCGAUCGCCAGCCAACCCCUCUUACGUGUCUCCUCAGCAGCCAGUACAGAAUCCCUAAACAAUGACUUUGACCAACACUACCUCUCACACGCACCCAACUCCGUUUUCUUUGUGGUCUCUGGCAGCGAGGACGGCUCGCUGACUCUGAUUGAGACGCACAAACUACAUUUUCAGCGUUUCUCCUGGGAUCCCAGCCCUAUACUCUGUGUUGACUUAUGCCAUUUUACGAUCGGUGUAGGUCAGGCGUCCGGCCGCCUACAUUUGCUCAAGACCUGCUUCCUCCCGUCUUCAGCUGAAGACCGGAAUUCGCGAUCAGCUUCCUCGUCACAUUCCCUCGCGUCCAACCUAGAAUCCGGAGAAACUGUCUUCCAGGUAACACAUUACGAGGUAGAUUCCUCAACUCCAACCAUCUCAUCGUCGGCUUCAUCAAUGAAGGAUUUCGGUGGGCACUGUGCAGCCAUUGUCUGGGUCAAACUAUUUCCUCUGGCUAGCUACUCACAGACUUCCGUUGGCUUACCGGAGCCCAUCUCGCCAUCAGGGUUUCAUUUGAGUCUGAGUCUUUUACGAUUGGUUACCUGUAGCCUUGAUGGCACCGUUUCCGUCUGGAGACUUGAUUCUUCGACCUCUCUUCUGAAGCGGUUCCGGACAAACUCGCCAACCUUUGCCCUUCCUGCCCCGGUACUUGCUGUCGACGAAAGGGUUAUCAUCGGUGACCAAGGUUAUCUGCGUCUCAUCGACCCCUGGAGCACGCAAUGUGAGCGCUCUAUCCAGUUGUUGCCCCCGUCCGACCAAUCAAGCGGUGCGACCGGCAGCUACCGUCACAGCAAUCUCCUCUCACCCACCUCCCUGCUGUGCCUGCGUCGAUGGGCCAGUGGAUUGGGUCCGGUCGGUGUGGCUGACGGCAGUCCCCGAAGUCACUAUAUCGUCUCCUUGGCUGAUGGUGGCCGAACCCUGGUCGUUGUCCCAAAAAGUGCUUUCGUUAGCUAA